GGAAAAUUUGACAUCUGUCAAACGUCAGACACGCGAUUUUGACAGUGAAUUGUUGCUUGUUUGUCUCAUAUCCCCAGAUAGGUAUUCGUCUAGUUGAAGUGAUUUGCUUGAUUGAAGGAUAGCGUAUCAAAACAGGAGCAGUUAUGAGUACAGGAUUCAUCACCGAAACAGAAAUCGCAGAAGCGCGGAAAAAGCGUCAAGAAGAAUGGGAAAAAGUUCGAACUCCAGACCAGCCUUUGGAACUUCCGGAGGAACCUUAUGACUCCCGAUCAUUGUAUGAACGCCUCAAGGAGCAGAAGAUGAAGAAGGACUUGGAGUAUGAGGAGGCACAUAAAUUGAAGAACCUGAUUCGCGGCUUGGAUGACGAUGAAGUGGAAUUCCUCGAUCUGGUCGAUCGGACUAAGAUGGAUGCGGAGAAAAAGCAAAUGAUGGAGGAGGAGAAAGAAUUGAACGAUUUUCGGCAACGAGUUGUUACGCUGCAGGAGAAAUCUCUGGACGAGAAAAUACAAUCCGAAAAGACGUCAGCUAGGCCGAAAACCAGUAUAAGCGCGAAUCGGCCAUCUCAAAAGUCCGCCUUGAGUGGAGUCGUCAUAAGAAAGCGAAAGAAUGGCGAAAUAGAUCAAACACCGCCUUUAAAGAAAUCAACGAAUGGAGAGGAUGAAAGCAAACUCCCUCCGGCUACAACACAAGGAUCGACAACGCAAACAACACAUUCCGGGGUGUCCAGUAGCACCAACGCCACACAUAUGGAAAAAGGUGCCCUGAAGUGCAUUGGAGUACUGCCAGGAAUCGGCAGAUAUAGGGAAUCCAGCGACUCGGAGUUGAGCACAGACAGUGAGGAGGAGUUCGAGCAAGCUGGCAAAUACGAUUUAGUGGGUCGAGCGAAUUGUAAGAAUGCCAAAAAGAAGGGGGAAACGUCUGAUUAAACUGUGAAGUAGAAGUUGAUUGGGUUUUUUCGUUCUUCAAAUGUACAAUUAGAUUUUUGCCGCGGAGGUGAAACAAAUCAUUCAGAAUAAGGGGCAACUAUUGCGAGGGUGGCGUGAACCACAUGUAAAGUUAUUUUUUUCUAUUUAAUUAAAGAUGCAUUAAGUUUGUAUG